GUAGCAUGGCAUUAAAAAGGAAGCGUGAUGAGGAUGAUAAUCCAAAGACUCGCUACCGGCAAGACUCCGGUUACCAGUCUAUUAGCUGUGAAUUGAACCAGUUUGACUCUGAUAUUGUGUAUCCAGAUCAGGAGGAGGUCUCCACGAAUGGUUCCGUAAGUGAUGAGAUGGAAUCAUCAGACACAUGGUGUCCCGGUUAUAAUAUAAUGGAGAUAGAAGAUCAGAGUUAUAAUCCAUAUGUAAAAAUACCUGUGCCCUUCACAGGGCUGUCAUGUCUUGAUAUGUUGUUAUCAGUUGAAGAAGAAAUAGAUCAUACAGAACAAGAUCAAUUGCUUGAUGAGCUCUUCCGGGAGUCAGAAAAUUUUAGUAUAGUCCCCUCUCCUCUUCUUGGAAUAGAGAUAAUCGAAACAAAGAUGGAAGGUCACAGUCAUGGCUUUAAUGACGAGAGAAAACAAAAUAUCAAAUCAAGUUUAGAUCAUGAUGAUAUAAUAUGGAAGCUGAACGUCAAAAAUUUUGAUGUACAAGUUAUGAACCUACUAAUAGGUUGUCAUGCCUACCAAAAAUUUAAAGUCCAGGGUGAAAAAAGUGGAGACACUUCCAAUGUAAAUGUUAAAACAUGGGGGAUUUCUGACUUUAAUUGGAGCAACCUAAAGAACAUUUUAGAGUCCGACGGAGAUGUUGAGAUAACGAAAGAACGCCCGGGGAGAAAACAAAAGUGGGAAAAAGUUGAAAGAUUUUGUAAAAGAAACAUAGUUAAGAAAAGAUCUGUAGCAUUUGCAGAAAAUCUUAUUCGAGGUUUGGCAUUACAUGAAAUUAAUAAAAAGCUGAAUGCUAAUGCAAAAGAUGUUAUGGAUCAGAAAGAACAAAAGGCUUUGAAGAACAAAUUUACCAAUUUUAGUCGGAGAGAUAGAGGGGCAGGAAAAAAGUUAGAGGAACAAUUCCUCAAUGAGCAUAAAGUGCUUAACAAGUUCAGUGGAUGUAGAGAAGUUGACGAAUAUUUUAAUAAAAUAACGAUAUUUAUUUUUGAUUUUGAGGGACAUCUAGAGUAUGUCAGCCCCACGCUCUGCGAAGAAUCAGUGUAUUUGUAUAAAGGGGACUCCUGUGAGUUUUUCUUGAUAAAAAAUUUGAAAGGAUUUUGCCGAAUCGAAGAUUAAUUAAUGGUCAUGCUUUUGCUUUGGGAUAGUUUUUAUCUUAUUUUGAAAAUUAUAUUUUUGUAUUAAGUAUCCUAUCUAUUAUCUUUUCUAUGUAAAGUAUUCUUUUAAAAGUUAAAGGAUUUGUCUGAGUUGAUAUUACUGGUAUGAAAACCGUCCUGAUCCGACAAAUGUAUCAGUCCACACAGAAAUAUUGGUUCUGAAUAUUAAAGUUUAUGAUCAGACGUUUCUGUUCCCAAUUUGAACGCGAUAAUUUCUUAAACCAACAUUUAUUGAACAAAUUUUUUACAAUGAGAAGUUGCCAAAAUUAUAGGUAAGGUUGAAGAGUCGUUUUGUAGAUUAUCGGAUCAUGUCGGUUUUUUGGCGUUGAAAACUUCGUCACAAACAGUGUUCAAUAGUUGAAUGUGCAUUACAUUUAUUGUAUUCAAUAUAAUGGUGUGCUAGCUUAAAGCGUUAACAGAUCUAGUAUUCCAAAUUGAGAAAUUUAUUGAUAUUUUGCGCAUUUUGCCCAUGUCUUUUGGUCAUGCUCGCUAAUGAUUGAAAAAAAGAUAGAGUGGGUAAAGUUACUGUAAAAGGUCGUCUAUGCGAACCUUAUAGUGAGUUGGGUUUAAGGUUACGUAAUGAGUAAAAGCCAGAUGUUAUUAAAUAUAAUUGCACUGUGCUCUUUUGAAAGCUUUUAAACGGUUUUACGUACUGUUUAACAAUUUCUCCGAAAAAGAUAGAAAUUUAAUCUUACCGUGAUUAAACUGUUAUUGUACUCUGUCUAGUGUUACCCACAGUAUGGGUUAGGUUUACUGCAAUGUGGACUAGUUUAGAUUUAAGUCUAGAACAAGUACUUAGAAGUACUUUACAUUGCGUUAAACCUCGCCCAUUCUGUUUAUCUUGUAUUUAAACGUAUCUUUCUAGAUUUGUUUAAUAUUUUGUAUGAGAGUCUUAAAUUUAAAGAGGGCGCAUGACAAUCAGCCAUGUUAAAGAGUUAAAGAUCGUGCGAGCUUUGAGAACAGUGGUAUUUAAAAGUUGUAUACUUGUAUUAGUGAAUAGUGAUAUUACGACAUUUACAUACUUGUUUUUCAGUUUGAUAGCUCUGUAAAGUUUUAAAUCAAGCGAAAUGGUACUACCAUUCUAUAGUGGUUAUGAUUCAAGAUCAUGUUGUAGUAUCGGCAUCGAUUAGAUGCUGGUGAAUGCUUUAAAGAUUUGGCCCAAGAAAUACCUGGGUCACUUUUUGUAUGCAUGAUAUUAUGGUUAGUCUUACGUACUGUUUUACUCUCUUUUCAAAGUAAAUACAGUGCAUUUUAUAAUAAAAAGGUUCAAGCUUGAAAUUCAAGUAUCUUUAAUUUUUAUCUGACACCCUGAAUAGCUUCUGAUUUUAUCUUUUUAUGUUACGAAUAAGUACUGCUUUUAAUUUUUUCUGUUUAUGUGUUUUUAAGUCUGGUUUUUAAAAUAUUUUCCCGAAAUGGUAACCAGGUAACCGUGGUAUAUUUUUAUAAAAUUAUUACACGUAAUGUUUUAUACUCUCUUUUCAGAGUUAUAGCUUUAUAGCAGUGGAAAUUUUCAAGUCAUCCCAAUAUUAAUAACUCAGCUUUUAUUUCUCUUUCUAAUCC